UUCCUCCCCCACGUGGUUGUGGAGCAUCAGGGCGCCUCCUCUGAUCUCUUGCUUUCCUGCCAAGCUGGAGGCUGCAACUGAGCCCCUUCAGGGGGCUGCCAUUUUAAACCCCCCUGGGGUGGCUUUAGGCAGGAUCAGGAACUCUUUGCCCCAGAGUGGAUGUGCGAAGGUUGGAAGGAGGGUUCUCCGCCCUCUCCUGCUCUGGGCAAAAGGAAGAGAGCCGCCAUGCAGCCAGCUCAGGCAAGAGUGAAAAGACGUACUUGAUGCCUUCUCCGCCAUCUCCUGCGCUGGGCAAAAGGGAGAGAGCCACCAUGCAGCCAGCUCAGGAUGGAGUAUCCUUUGAAGAGGUGGCUGUGCAUUUCACCACGGAGGAGCGGGACCUGUUGCGGCCAGCGCAAAGGGCUCUGUACAAGGAAGUCAUGCUGGAGAACUUUCGGAAUGUGUCUUCUCUGGGUCCUCUGAUUGCUAAGCCUGAGCUCAUAGCCCAACUAGAACAGGAAGAAGAGGUGUUUCUCAGGACCUUCAAUGAAGAGGAGGAACUGGCAGGAGAUGUGGAGUCAGGGAAUGAAAUGAAAGAGCAUUGUAAGAAGGAAAAACAAGAUAUAUAUUCAGAUGGAAAAGACAGCACUGAAUAUUGUGAUGCCCUGAAAAAGGAGAGCCCAUAUAAAUAUCUGGAGUGUGGUAAAGACUUCAGUGAGAGUGGACACUUUAUCUCCCAUCAAAUCUUUCACACAGGGGAGAAACCUUACAAAUGCCUGGAGUGUGGAAAAGGCUUAUGUCAGAGUGGAAACCUUUUUUCCCAUCAAAGAACUCACACAGGGGAGAAACCAUACAAAUGCCUGGAGUGUGGAAAAAGCUUCCGUCAGAGUGGAUCCCUUACUUCCCAUCAAGGUAUUCACAAAGGGGGAAAACCCCAUAAAUGCUUCGAGGGUGGAGCAGCCUUUAAGCACGGUGCCAGCCUCAAUUAUCAUCAAAUAAGACACACAGGGGAGAAACCAUACAAAUGCCUGGUCUGUGGAAAAAACUUCCGUCAGAAUGGACAUCUUACUUCCCAUCAAAGAAUUCACACAGGGGAGAAACCAUACAAAUGCCUGGAGUGUGGAAAAGCCUUCAGUCACUGCAAAAGACUUACUUUUCAUAAAAGCAUUCACACAGGGGAGAAACCAUACAAAUGCCUGGUCUAUGGAAAAAACUUCCGUCAGAAUGGACAUCUUACUUCACAUCAAAGAAUUCACACAGGGGAGAAACCAUACAAAUGCCUGGAGUGUGGAAAAGCCUUCAGUCACUGCAAAAGACUUACUUUUCAUCAAAGAAUUCACACAGGGGAGAAACCAUACAGAUGCCUGGAGUGUGGAAAAGGCUUCAGUCAUAGUGGAAACCUUACUACCCAUCAAAGAAUUCACACGGGGGAGAAACCAUAUAAAUGCCAGGAGUGUGGAAAAGGCUUCAAUCGGAGGGGAAACCUUAUUUUACAUCAAAGAAUUCACACAGGAGAGAAACCAUACAAAUGCCUGGAGUGUGGAAAAUGUUUCAGUUACAAUGCAAGCCUUACUUCGCAUCGAAGAAUUCACACAGGGGCAAAAGCAUAUCAAUGCCAGGUGUGUGGAGCAGCCUUCAGGCACAGUAGAAACCUCACUUCCCAUCAAAUAAUUCACACAGGGGAAAAACCAUACAAAUGCCUGGAUUGUGGAAAAUGCUUCAUUUACAACACAAGCCUUACUUCUCAUAAAAAAAUUCACACAGGAGAAAAACCAUAUAAAUGCCUGGAGUGUGGAAAAGGCUUCCGUGAGAGUGCACACCUCAUUUCCCACCGAAGAAUUCACACAGGCGAGAAACCAUAUAAAUGUCUGGAGUGUGGAAAAGACUUCAGUGAGAGUGGAAACCUUACUUCCCAUCAAAGAAUACACACAGGGGAGAAACCAUAUAAAUGCCUGGUGUGUGGAAAAGGCUUCAUUCAGAGUGGAAGCCUUACUACCCAUCAUAGAAUUCACACAGGAGAGAAGCCAUAUAAAUGCCAGGAGUGUGGAAAAGGCUUCAUUCAGAGUGGAAGCCUUACUACCCAUCAAAGAAUUCAUACAGGAGAGAAGCCAUAUAAAUGCCAGGAGUGUGGAAAAUGCUUCAGUCAAAGUGGAACCCUUAUUUUCCAUCAAAGAAUUCACACAGGGGAGGAACCAUACAAAUGUCUGGAGUGUGGAAAAGGCUUCCGUGAGAGUGCACACCUCACUUCCCACCGAAGAAUUCACACAGGCGAGAAACCAUAUAAAUGUCUGGAGUGUGGAAAAGACUUCAGAGAAAGUGGAAACCUUACUUCCCAUCGAAGAAUACACACAGGGGAGAAACCAUAUAAAUGCCAGGAGUGUGGGAAAAGCUUCAGUCGGAGUGGAAGCCUUACUUCUCAUCAAAUAAUUCACACAGGGGAGAAACCAUAUAAAUGCCAGGAGUGUGGGAAAGGCUUCAUUCAGAGUGGAAGCCUUACUUCCCAUCAAAGAAUUCACACAGGGGAGAAGCCAUAUAAAUGCCAGGAGUGUGGGAAAGGUUUCGGUUACAAUGCAAGCCUUACUUCGCAUCGAAGAAUUCACACAGGGGCAGAAACCGUACAAAUACCAGGAGUGUGAAGCAACAUUCAGGCACAGUAGAAACCUCACUUCCCAUCAAAUAAUUGACACGGGCAAUAUUAAUGCAAA